CUGCAGCAACAACUUUAGUCCAAAUAUAAUGACUGGAUGGCAACCACAUGAAUUAUCUCCUUGCACAUGUUGAUACAUUUCUUUUCGACUGCGAUGGUGUUUUAUGGAGACAUUUGGAACCUAUCCCUGGAGCAUCAGAUACUGUUAAAAAGUUGAAGAAACUGGGAAAGAAUGUGUUAUUUGUAACCAAUAAUAGUACCAAAUCUAGAAAAGCUUAUUGUAUUAAAUUCUCACAGUUAGGUUUUGAAGUAAAAGAGAGUGAAAUCAUCAGUACAGCUUAUGUUGCAGCAUUGUACCUUCAUGAAUGCAACUUCAAAGGCAAAGUUUAUCUUGUUGGCUCUAAAGGUAUAGCUGAUGAACUUGAUAAUUUUGGCAUUCAGCAUACAGAAGUUGGGAUUGGAAGUCCACCUGAAGAUUACCCCAGCAAUGCUUGUGACUUCAAAUACAAUGCUGAUGCAAUUAACUAUGAAGCAAAAGUCAACUCUACAAAAUUUCUAGUCGGUAUGUUUGAAGGCACUCUUAAACACCCUUUGUCUUUUUGUCGGUAUACUGUGUCCUUCGUUAUUGAUUUCAUUAAGGAUUGA